AUGUCAACACUUAAGUAUGCAACUGUGCUGUUAUUCUUCAUCAUCAGUAUUGAGGACGUUCAAGUAACAAAGACUUUCAAAAAGACAUUUCCAGUCUUAUUUUUUAAGACGACAAAAUCAGUAACGGAAAAAUCUGGAAAACAAUUAUUUCCCUUGCUUCAGCCACAACAGGGAACUGUGAAUUGUGAGACAGAAUGUUCUGAAGACGAUUGGGGCUUUCUCGACAUCUUAGACAUAUUUUCUGAUGACGGUGACGACAAAUGCACUGUUGACUGUAAAUUUACUUACAGCGGAGGGACAACAUCAACAGUAAAAGAACAGGACAAUGAUGGAAAGAAGAUAGAGGAAGCGAUAAAGAAGUUGAAGGAAGAGUUAAAGAUAGAGCAAGAGAAAAAUAAGCGGGAGGAAGAGAAAAAGAAGCUGGAGGAAGAGAACACAAUCAUAAAGGCAAAGAUAGAGAAAUUAGUUGAGAGGAUUAAGGUGUUGGAACAGAAGCCCACACCGGGAACUCCCGUAACAGCGGUAACACCCGUUGUAACACCUCCCUAG